AUGGCCCUCUUCAACCCGACCUUUGUGCUCGGCCUCUUCGUCAUCGCGUACCUCUCGUCGUUUGUCCUGUUCGCCCUCGUCAGGAUCACCACCGGCGUCUCCAUCCAGCGCAUCGGCUACUUCUCCCUCCGCCGACUCGCCUACACCCCGCGCGACGGCUUCAAGAUCGAGAUUCGCGGGCUCGGCCUCAACAUCCACCGCCCCACGUUUGCGCAGCCGACCUGGAUAAGCCUCGUGCUCGAAGAGCUCGUCGUCACGCUCGACAUCCGCGAGCUUGAUGGCCGCAAGGCUACUGAAGCCAAGGAGGGCGACGAGCUCGACGCAAACGAUGGCGACUCCGAUGAGUCGGUGCCGCUGCACAGAACCCGGUCUGCGCGCCGCAAGGCCCAGGCCGCCUCGCGCAGCGAGACAUGGAAGAAGCUCACAAGGUUCAAGGAGAGGAUAAAGAAGCUGCACAGAAACAUAAAAUGGCUGCGCAUGGUGGACGUGGUCGCCACCAACUCGACCAUCAACGUCGUCGACGUCGGCAAUGUUCAGGUCGGGAGCCUCACCAUUGCCGUCGACACGCGGCGCAAAAUGGUCGACCGCGCGCGGUUCUUCCUCCAACGGUCCCAGUCCACCAAAAGGGACCACCGCCAGGCCGAGUGGAUAUUCACGGUGCGCAGCGUCCUCUUCACUGCCAACGGUAGCGAGUCGCUCGAGGUCCUCGACCACGCCCUGCUCAACAUCCACGGCUACCUUUACGAGACGAGAGACGGCCUGCGGGAAACCACCAUCGCGCUCAAGCUCGGCAGGGUCCACGUCCCCUACGACGACAUUGUGCUCUGCGCUGCGCGGUUCAAGGAUCUGCGCAGGGAGUCGUCGGUCCCGGAGACUGACGAGCCCAUGGACAUAUUCCUCGACCAGGUCAUCCAGGAGAUUGACGAGCCGGGGAGCACGUCCAACGAUGACCUGAUGCGGGCCGUGUCCGACUCCAAGGAGUUCUCCAGCUCCAUCCUCCGCGGCAUCAAGGAGGUCCAGUUCGCGGUGAGCUUCGUCGGCCUGUCCAAGAAGAUCACCACGGUGAAGCCCGCCGCGAGCCCCAUGCUGCUCAACGUGUCCAUGAAGGAGGUGGGCAUAGACCUCCACCGCCUGGACCCCAAGUCUCCGGCGCACCGCAUGUACUUUUCUCCCAAGGACAUCGCCCACGAAGCUCUCGCCGCUGCCCUGUCCAUCUCCGUGAGCCUGGACGACGGCCACGGCAAGCCGGAGCGGUUGCUGUACAUACCCAUGGCGACUACCACCGCUCGCACCACGCUGCCGUCCAAGACGGUCGAGCUGGCGCAGAGCGAGAGCAUCGAGGCCAAAAACGCAAACAUACUCUUCGCUAAUUCCGUCGUCACGUCGCCAUCCAUCGACCUCGAUCCGUGCCACCUCCCCCUUCUCAUCGCGCUCAUGCAACCCAAGCCCAAGCCGCCAAAGCCCGAGCACCAGAGAACCAGCCAUCUCAUCUCGCGCUUGCUCCCCAAAGCCAACAUCAAGUUCUCCAUGCACGAACCCGUUGUCCGCAUCAAACUCAACCCACUGCAGGAAACCGAGGACUCGGACGACUUUGACCUCAUCAUUUCCUCAAUCUCGUCCAUAUCGCUUGACGUCGAGUCAUCCCACUCACCGAUCGAGGACCUGCACUAUUUCUUGGAUGGGGCGAUGCGCUUGCAAUCUCACCAACUAUACUACCAGACAUGCUCCGGAGACCGGUUCAACCUCAUCACGACCGACUCUCUCGACCUCAAAGCCCAUCUCGGCGCGAAGCCCGACGUUGCUGUAGAUGUCACGGGCAACAUCCAGUCCUGUGCCAUCAGCCUGGUGAGGCCGGAAAUCACCGAUGGCUUGCGACAAAUCGUGCGGCAGCUGCGCAUCGACGUCGAGCCGGUGAAGCGAGCCAAGUCCAAGACGCCGAAGCACCAGAAUUUCCUGCGCUCUAUGCCGGACUGGCUCAUCCGAUAUCACUUUGAGGCCUCCGACUUCAACAUCGAAGUUGCAGGCGUGGACGAAGACAUCUCAGACGACACAAGAGGCGUGUCAUUACAUCUCGACACUUUCUCUGCCGAGUAUCGAGCGCACAGGCUCGAUGGGUUGCACCGACGGAUGACCAGGAGGCGAACGCACAGCAGGUCCCUUACGCAGUCCGACUCAGACCUCACUCCAUCCCCUGCGUCGCCACGGGCCAGGAGGAAACCGCAGAAUGUCGGCGACGGACGCCGCCUUGCUAUACAUGCCCGAGGCAUGGAGGCGCAGAUCGUGGAGGCGGCCGAUAGGCUGGAGGCCGAGCCGUUUGUCAACAUUCCUCGCCUCGAGCUCGCCUUCUCUGCGUCGAGUGACAACCACGGACCCAUGUUCCACAUCCAGUCAUCCAUUCGCACAGUCAUGCUGCAGUACUCGCUCUACCGGCACUACUCGGUAGGCGUGGCGACUAUGACGCUGAGGAGGGCUUUCAUGAGGACUGGCAGAGACGUUGCCCGACCUCGCCAAGAGGGCAUGUAUCUCAGCCCGGACAGAGUGCCCUCAACCCCUGGUUUCGCCGACACGGUGUCUACCGUCACUCCGGAGCUCGUCACCGUGGACAUCAAGGCUGCUCUUGUGCAGAUAAAGACCGACCUGCCCCACGACCCACUGGUGAUGGCUCACAUCUAUGGCCUAGAGUUUGGCCGUCAUCGAUGGUCGACGCCGUUCCUAUCUUCGAAGCUCGUCCGACUCUAUGUCGAGCCGCCGCGAAUGCGCAACGUUUGGGCCAAGAUGAUUAGCAUCAAGAAUGGGCGAGUCGACCUGCGCGAGUCCAAGCACAAGUCACCUUUCGGCGGUGUCGUCGAGGAGAAGAUGGUCGACGUAGUGACUGAGGCCAUCCGCUUCUCCGUCCCGCAUGAAGUCAUUGUCGCUCGCAUUACCGACAACUUCAUCAACGUCUUCAAAUCCGUCAAGCAGCUGCAUCAUCGCUUCAAGACGGGCACCAACGAGUACAUAUUGGACAAGAAGCCAGAAGACCCUAAGAAGGUCCCCAAGGUGUCUAUUCGCACUCGAAACUUCCUCUUUGAGAUGGAGGACGGCGCCUUCGAGUGGAAACUGGGUAUCAUCUACCGGACAGGACGCAUCGAGCAAAUACAGCGGAUAGCGCGAGAAGAAGCGUUCCGCGUCAAGUCGAAGAGGGUCCGCGAAGAAGGCAGGAAGGGCGGAAGCAAGAUUCGAUCUCGAUCUGCCUUUGCCCGAGGCCGAACAGAAAACUCCUCAGCUUCUUGGUUCCGGAGUCGCAGCAUGGGCGAUCAGGAAAAGAGGGGUAAUGGCCCUGGCCGAAACACCAUGCCCCGAUACGAUCCCGAAGGGGAGAGCCUCGGCAUCAAUGGCAACGCCAAGGUUUCGGAAGACGAAGCGCGAUCUCACUUGGACUUUUUCAACGCGCAGUCUUGGAGAAAGCGCAUCGACAGCGCGUACCAAGUGUCCCAGGCAGGCAUGAGGGAGCUGCGGGGCGCGUUUUGGGGUCCUGACGAACUGCCAGACGAUAUCGAGGAGACGGAGAACAUCCUCGAGAUGCCCCAGCGACCGGCACUCAUGGCAGGCAUGAUCUCCGACUUGCACGUCGUCAUCGACAAGCCGACGUUUGCCAUGCAGGACCUGCCAGACUUUCUUCACAGGGUUGGCAAAGGCAUGCCGCGGGACAUGAAAUACAGCCUCCUCGUUCCGAUGCAUGUGUCCGUCAACAUGGGCGAGACGAGGAUAACCCUGCGCGACUAUCCCCUCCCCUUCCUGCAUAUACCGGGCCUGAGGACCGGGCAGUCGUCCCGGACGCAAGCGGUCCAGCUCAAGGGCAACUUUGUCAUUGCCGAGGAGUUUAGGGGCCUCGAGUCGACGCGCCGCGUCCGAGUUACGGUGGUUCCGCCUCGCCACACUGACCCUGCGUCGUCCAACGAGGGCAGCUUUGCCAUCGAGGUCCGGCGAACGAUUGGGCCGGUCAAGUCCUUUUCCGAAGUCUACAUGGACAUCAAUACUGCCUUGCCCACCCGCAUCACUUGGGGUCCGUGCUAUCAGCCUGCUGUGCAAGACAUGAUGAUGGUAGUCGAAUCUUUCACCAAGCCGCAGGUCGAUCCGUCGGAGAGGGUCGGCUUCUGGGACAAACUGCGGCUCAAUACGCACUCGCGCGUCCACGUCGCCUGGAAAGGAGAUGGCGACAUGCACCUGGCUCUCAAGGGCACUCGCGACCCGUACCAAGUCACGGGCAAUGGUGCUGGUUUCCUAAUGUGCUGGCGCAAUGAUGUGCGCUGGAAUAUCAACGCCGAGGACGACCCAAAGCGCUUCAUGACCGUCGACAGUGGCGAGUACAUUCUGGCAAUCCCCGACUUCAGCCACCUGGUGCGUGAGGCGGCACGGCGCCGCGACACGCCCGACGGACCCCUCGUCGAGGACGAGCUGAAGGCGGGCGCAAUAUUCAAAAAGGUCGUCAUGAAGCUCUCCGGCAAGGUUCAGUGGAUGGCAGGGUUGGUGUUUGAGCGAGCCAUCGAGGACGGCAAGCGAAGCUUCGACUUCAAGCCGCACUACGACGUCGUGCUGAAGAACCCGAUCUUUGCGAAGCCGACCGAAGACGGCCUGCCCUAUGAUGCCAUGCGGGGGUUCAGGAGUCGCCACAUCCACCUGUCUAUCGCGAUCUGGGCACCCGUGGACCGCGACUGGAGGUCGCAGAACCCCGAGCCAUCCAGAAGCUACAACACGGUGCACCUGACGCCGCGUUUCUUCACGCACUUCUUCCAGUGGUGGGGGCUGUUCAGCCAACCCAUGUCGCUGCCCAUCCGCCAAGGCAACUUGUUCCCUGGCCGAGAGAAGAACAGCAAAAAGUUUGGACGGCACCUGGCGACGCUCAAGUACAACCUCUUGCUGGCGCCCCUCUUCCUCGCGCACAUAUACAAGCACAAAGACGCAGAGGACUACUCGGAGAACGCCGUCUCUGCCACAGGCCUCAAGGUCCGUCUCGACAGCUUCAAACUCGAUCUACACCAGCGCCGAGAAGAGUUCAACACGCUUGGGAAGGGCAAGAAUACGCAGAGCAGGACGUCGGGCAUCAAGAUCCACGCGGCGCAGCUCGACCUUGCGAGGGCGGAUAUUCGUGCCGUCUCGGCUAGCCUCAAGGGCACCACGACUGAAGCCAUCAAGAAAGGAGACAUCUCGUCGCUCAUCAUCGAUCAAGACGACAAACCCGACCUGAACAGGUUUACGAUUCCGGACAAUGACUUUAGCUGGAUCGACAUGGACGACUUUGUCGAGCUGGACUGGAUCCUGCCAACGGAGCCUCAUCCUGCGACCAUGAUCCUGCCGCUGGCGUACGCUCCGCGACUGACGUACUUUCGCCAGACGGACAUUGGCGGCAACAUCGCCGGGGACGCCACGCGAACCAGCCCGUUCGGCAACGAGCCAACGCACUUUUGCAUCAUGACGCAAGACGACAACCCGAAGCGCGUGCAGGCGCAGCUGAUCCAGGAGCGGCUCGACCAGCUCGAGGUGCAAAUGUCGACUCACACUCGCAACGUCGGCGAGGCAGAGCUCAAGAUGGUGCAGACCAACACGUCCACGGAUCCGGAGACCAUGGCGGAUAUCGAGGCACUGCGGAAGCACGCCUUUGUCCUCAAAGACAAGAAGGUGUUUCUCGAGAAUAUGCUUGAGCAGAUGCAGGCGAAGCCCUUUGCCAAUAUACCGGCCUUCAACGGCAAUGGGCGUGACGAUGGGUCGGACUCGUCGAGCGAGAGCGAAAAUGUCCUGGACAUACCCACGGCGGCGGAGUUUGAGAGCGACUUCAAGAACCGCUUCGUCGUCCACAACCUGCAGCUCAAGUGGAACAACCUGCUGCGCAACAUUGUGCUCCGCUACUUCCACCAGAACAGCCAGAGGAGAGGGUUCGUCUACUACCUGUCACGCCCGGCCAUCAAGUUCAUCUUGGACAUUGUGGAGGAACAGAACCGGGCCCGUGCCAACAAGCCCGCCCCGGCACAGUCAACAACGGGCGCAUCCUCGUCUCCUGAUCCAAGCGCGAACGAAAAGGACAGCGGGCAUGAUCUUGAGGAUUGCAUUAAGAACAUCCUGGGUGAAGGGCGCAGAUAUACGUGCGCGAGCUUCGCGACCAACGGAGACGGGACCUGUCAGGCCAUUGAGGACCUGGAGAGCGGCAUAUCCAAAGAGUUCAGCCCGCAACGCGGUUACCACGUGCGUCUGAUAGCGCCGCAAAUCCAGCUGCAGAGCGACAAGAAUAAGAAGCACGUCGUCUUGGUCACGGCCAAGGGCAUGGAGCUCAAGGUGCUCGAGGUCUUGGACAAGAACAGAAUCUCGGACAACGUCAGCGGCCUCGUGCAGCGGCGUUUCCUCGUCAACAUGGACAGCACGCAGUUCUUCGUCACGCACCAGAAAUGGUUCUCCACGAACCUUGUGUCCAUGUACGCAGGCAGCAAGUACGGGGCGCCCGGUGCGUCUUCUUGGCCGCCGUGGGUGCCGAUGGAGAUCAUGUUCAACUUUACCGCAGAUCCGUUUGGCUUCAAGCGCGUCGUGGAGAAGACGUCGGCCAUGCUCCGAUACGACAAGUUCAACAACCUGCGCCUCAAGUACAACGACGAGGUCAACACUGACGGAGGAGACGAGGAGACGGAGCAGGAGAACACGAUUGCCGAGUCCCGCGUCGACAAUCUCUGGGUCGAGUUCCCGCAGGCCCGGGCCCUCUGCAACUCGUCGCAGUACUACGCCAUGUAUGUCAUCGUGCUGGACCUUCUCAUGUACAGCGAGCCGCUCGAGAAGAAUCGCAGCGAGAGACUGGAGAAGAUCAUGCUGGCUUCCGACUUUAGCGACCUCAGCAGCGCGCCGAAGAUUGUGCAGAAGCUCCAGGAGCGGAUCCGACAGCUCGAGGAGAUCAAGAACCACUUCCAGAUGUACUCGCACUACCUCGACAAGAGGGGCUGGGAGGACCGCCUGUCACUGGAGCGGGACCUGGCUGCCUGUGAAGACGAGCUGUUCUUCAUGAUGAAGGCCAUCACCACGUCUCAACGCAAGUACGAUAUGACGAGCGACACCAACGCUCUCCUCAAGUGGAGCAUUUCGGCUCGCGACAUCGUCUGGCAUCUCAUGCUGGACUCGGGAGAGCCGCUCGUGGAGCUCCAGCUCAAGGACGUUGAGUACGACCGUACCGACAACUCGGAUCUUUCGCACGCCAACCUGAUCCGUGUCGGCAAGGUUCUCGGUCUGAAUCUGCUCCCAGACGCUACAUACCCGCAGAUCAUCACCCCAUAUUACGGCGAUGAGAAGACGCACUCCAUGCUUGGCAAGGACUCGGACAUGAUUCGCGUCUACUGGUACAUGCUGGAAGCGAUUGCUGGUAUCCCCGUUAUGGAUCGCUUCGAGGUUGAGCUGUUCCCGAUGAAGAUUCAACUGGAGCGUGAGGCGGGCAAACGCCUGUUUGAGUACAUAUUCCCCGGCAUGGACGGGGACAGGUCGUCAACCAAGACGCAGUCGCCGUACAUUGUCAAACAGGACAUGAGCUUCGAUGACGAGGAAGACGACGAGUCCCCACAAGACUCGAGCACAAGGCUGGGUACGCCAUCGAUGGACAAGGACUCGUCCGGCUUCUCUACGAGGGCCGGGUCUCUGGAGCUUCGCCUGCGGCCGACCUUGCAGUCCAACGCCACCCAGGAACGCAGUCCGAAAAAGGCCCUCAGCGUCAACAGCGGCGAGGGCCACACGUUCCGGCUGUUCCGCGGCGGCACCGGCAGGGGCAUGCUGUCGAAAAAGGCAUCACACGACUCGCUGCGUAGCGGAAGCACGCCACGCCCGGGUACCAUUCCACGGUCGUCGACGGGGUUUUCGUCCAAGGACAGCCGCGACUCGGCGGAGAAGAAGAGCUCGCGCUUCGGGCUGCGCGGCAAGGCGUCUGCCGACGACAAGGAGCCGUCGGACGACCUCACCAAGAUGAUUACGCGCGCCAGCAACUACAUGACGUUUGCGCACAUCAAGAUGCCCUCGGUCGUGCUCUGCCUGAGCUACAAGGGCAAGGAGCAACGCAACUUUGAGGACGUGCACGACUUUGUGUUUAGGCUGCCGACGAUUGAGUGGCAGAACAAGACGUGGUCCAACCUGGAUCUCGCGCUCGCGCUCAAAAAGGCCGUCGUCAAGGCGCUCAUCUCGCACACGGGAGCCAUCAUCGGGAACAAGUUCUCGAAGCACCGGCCCAACGCCGAGCAGCGCAACAGGCUUAGGGAGCUGGCGAACGGCUCUGUCAUGAUGUCGUCGAUGAGCGCAUCGCAGUACGCGGGGAGCAUCAACGACAGCGGCGACGACUCGUCCAGCAUGUACGGCACGUCGCCGAUUGAUUACUCGCGGUCGCCGCCGCGGUCGACGCGUGGCAGCACGCACAGCAGCAUUCCCGCGCCGCGAUCGGCGAGUAGGAGUAGCAGCAUCGCGAGUGGGCGGUCUCAUCGCUCGGGAUUCAACGGCCCCAGCAUCCCGGCGUCGCUGACCAUGACCCCGCCGACACCAGUCGACGGCCGGCCCGAGAACGGGCUCGGCAUCGAUCUGCUGCGCCCGUCGUCGAGCGGCGGGCUCAUGUCGUCUCACCGCCGGGCCCUGCGGAACGUCAGCGGCGGGGACAACAGACCGGCCACGAGCGCCAGCAACCUCGACUCGGGCGACCGUCGGCGGACGACGGGCAGCGGGCUGCGGGACCGGAUCAGCGCGUUCACGCACCGCAUGAGCAGCCAGCGCGAGAACAGCAGCGGCGCGACGGGAGAGGAAGAGGCGGAUGCGGGCGACGACGAGGCCCGCGAGGGAACCAAGCUGCGCGGCAAGAGGCUCAGCUGGGCAGCCGGGCGAACCAAGACGGGUUGA